AUGUCUCGGGCGGGGGGCCGGUCGGAGCCGGAGGCCGGGGCGCAGACCCGCAUCUUCAAGAUCAUCGUCAUCGGGGACUCCAACGUGGGCAAGACGUGCCUGGCCUUCCGCUUCUGCGGCGGGGCCUUCCCCGACACCACCGAGGCCACCAUCGGCGUCGACUUCCGCGAGAAGACCGUCGACAUCGACGGGGAGACCAUCAAGGUGCAGGUCUGGGACACAGCCGGCCAGGAGCGUUUCCGUCGGACCAUGGUCGAGCACUACUACCGGAACGUCCACGCCGUGGUCUUCGUCUACGACGUCACCAAGAUGGCAUCCUUCGCCAACCUGGAGGCCUGGAUUCAAGAGUGCGAGGGCCACGCCGUCCCCCCCCGGGUCCCCCGGGUCCUGGUGGGGAACAAGUGCGACCUGAGGAGUGAGAUCCAGGUGCCGUCCAGCGCGGCCCUGAGGUUCGCCGACGCCCACAACAUGCUCCUCUUCGAGACCUCGGCCAAGGAUCCCAAGGAGAGCCAGAACGUGGAGUCCAUUUUCAUGUGCCUGGCCUGCCGGCUGAAGGCCCAGAAGUCUUUGAUCUACCGGGAUCUGGACGGGCCGGUGGGGAGGGGUCAGACCCUCCAGGUGACCGGCGUGACGAACACUAAGACCACCUGCCCCUGCUGAAGGCGGGAGUCCCGUCAGCGCUGGGGACACGGGCCCGUUGUCUCUCUCUCUCCCCGCUCCUCACGCUCCCCUUCCCCUCCCUCCCUCCCCAGGGCCUGUAACAAACUGAAAUCUUGCUUGUUCUUUGGGUGUGGGUAUUAAAGAAGUUUGU